CACAAGGCACAGAAGUCUGGGGCAGAUAAACAAACUAUAGUCAGGCAGUCGCUUCUCUUUUCCAUAAUUAGCCUAUGUGAGCAGUCAUGAUCUGACUUUAUGCUGCACACAACAUGAGUCUGCGAAAAGCGAAAGUAAAAGUAGCUGGUUGCCUGGCUGAGAAGGGGGAGGUGUGCACCUGUGGCUUUUUCCGACUUGUUAACUGGGACGCGGUCAGCUCGGGUGUGACGACAUUCCCACCUCCGACUUCCGAGGUAAAUUUAAUGCAGAACUAGGCACGCAAACCGGAUGUCUUCUCGAUACCAACUUUGUUUAGAACAUUCCCUUCAUUCACCGGACAGAUUCAUUCACCGGUCGCGAUAUCGCAUAGCCUACUGAUAAAUAAACAAGACAACAAAUGGAGACAAUACAGAAAGUACUCGGCUUGGAGUGGAUGGACGGCACGAGUCUUUUAAUAUUUCUGUGUGUUUUUCUGUUGUUGACUGAUGUUUUGAAGAACAGAGUGCCGACCAACUUUCCUCCUGGACCCUGGGCUCUUCCUUUGAUUGGUGACCUUCAUCGCAUCCAACCCUCCAGACUUCACCUGCAGUUCACAGAGUUUGCAGAGAAAUAUGGAAACGUUUUCAGCCUUCGGCUGUUCGGUGGACGGAUUGUGGUGAUUAAUGGCUACAAGCUUGUAAGAGAGGCCCUGGUCCACAAAGGAGAGGACUACAUAGAUCGCCCCAUCAUACCAAUGGCAGAAGCAUUAAAUGGGAACAGAGGUCUGGUGAUAUCAAAUGGCAAUCCAUGGAAGCAGCAGAGGAGAUUCGCUCUUCAGACACUCAGAAACUUUGGUGUGGGCAAGAAGAGCCUGGAGCCAUCCAUCCAGCAGGAGUGCCAAUAUCUCACUGAAGCUUUUGCCCUUCAGCAAGGCAAGCCUUUUGAUGCCCAAUCACUGAUUACCAGUGCUGUGUCCAACAUCAUCUGCUGCCUGGUGUUUGGUGAUCGCUUUGAAUACACUGACAAGCAGUACCAGGGUAUUCCUAAGUUCAAUGAAAUAGUACUUACAGGGAAGUUUGGGACACAGGUUUAUAACACAUAUCCCUGGCUGAUGAAGUGGGUGCCCGGACCUCACCAGAGGAUAUUCACUCUGACACAAAACUUAGAUGACUUUGUAGAGAUCAAGAUUAAAGAACACAGAGAAAGCCUUGACCCGUCCUCACCGAGAGACUACAUCGACUGCUUCCUCACAGAGAUGGGAGAGAAGGAGGACACAGAUUCUGGUUUUGAUUUAAAAAAUCUGGCUGUUUGCACUCUGGACCUGUUUGCUGCUGGAACUGAAACUACUACCACAACUUUACACUGGGGACUGCUAUUCAUGAUGUACUACCCUGACAUACAAGAGAGAGUCCAGGCUGAGAUAGAAUCUGUCGUUGGUUCAUCCCGACUGCCCUCUGUGACUGACAGAGAAAGCAUGCCCUAUACUGAUGCAGUCAUCCAUGAAAUCCAGAGAAUGGGCAACAUCGUCCCCCUCAAUGUGGUCCGCAUGGCAAACAAGGACACCGUGCUUGACAAGUACACAAUCCCAAAGGGCACCGCUAUCUUGACCACGCUGAACUCAGUUCUACAUGAUGAGUCGAUGUGGGAAACUCCACACACCUUCAACCCUCAACAUUUUCUGGACCAGGACGGCAAAUUUAGGAAGAGAGAGGCCUUCCUUCCUUUUUCAGCAGGUAAGCGUGUGUGUCUUGGGGAGCAGCUGGCCAGGAUGGAGUUAUUCCUCUUCUUUACCUCCCUCCUUCAGAGGUUUUCUUUCUCGGCAUGCGCUGGAGAGCAGCCCAGUCUGGAGUUCAAGUUGGGAGCCACUCGCUGUCCCAAACCUUACCGCGUCUGUGCCGUACCACGAUAAACCACCAACUGAACCGCAGCGUUCCACUACAUUUGUCUUGUGAAGCA